ACAAAUUUUAAACUUUGUAUUUCGAUAAUUCACAUUAUAUUAAUGUGGUUCUGCAGUAGUGUUGGGUAUGUGCGCGCGCGUGAUAUAAUGAUGCUGACAGGCUACACUAUCUCCAUUUCAACACGUUUCACCUUCUACAAUAACCUUAAAGACAAAGUUUAUUCUCGUGAAAUGUAUAAAAAAAUAAUAUCGUACUUGUAUAUUUAUAAACUGUAUUACAUUAAUAUAAUAUGGAAAUAAAAGUUGUGGUAAUUAUGUACGAAAAUGAACGAUGUAUAUAAACACAUAAACCUUAAACACAUUUGUAAACAUAAAAAUUUUAAGCUUGAUAUAAAAUUCAAUAUCAAAUUAUAUUGCACUUGAUUAUAACUUAAUCACGGUGAUUCGAAAUUAUUAAAAAUUAUAAAAUGAAUGUACGAGAACCAAAGAAAAAACGGCGUGUCAAACUGAAAGAACAACCGCCUUUUCCAAUUAUAAUAGGUAAUAAAGAUGCAUGGACAACUUAUACUGCUCAGCUUACAGAAUUAGGAUCAUGUAUAAUCGACCCUAAUGAAAUUGUCGCAAUACAUUCCAUGGGUUUCUUUGGUAAAGGUUCACUGUCUCGUGGUUUUCCUUCAUUUGGAAAACCAAGGUAUGGAGCACCUCCUGUUGUAAGAAAUAGACAAUGGGUUCGGAGGGAAGAAUGGUUAAAACAAUUUAAUGAAUUAAGUAUGGUACCUAACAAUAGUAAACAGACAAACUUAGAAGAAUAUGAAUUUAUUCAUUUGGAAAAUGAGGAUAAACACAAUGAUAAAUCUUUAAAUAUUUCAAGAAAAGAAAAUACACCAGAUAUAAUUGAAUUAGAUACAAAUGAUUCUCCUGAAAAAAAUGAAGAAACUAGUAAAGAAAUUGAUAAAAAGGCAGAAACAAGUCAUACAGAGCUUGAUUCCGUAAAAGAUGAUUCAUUGAAUAUUAUAAGUGAAAAUAUAACUGAAGAAUGUAUUGAUAACAAUGAUGAAUGCAUAGAAGAUGAAGGGAAAGAAGGACCUUUUUGUUUUGAAGAUUUUAAUUUUAAAAAGGAUGAUAUGUAUUUUAUUAAUGAUGAUGUAAACAUUCAAAAUGAACUACUUGUUCUCCCAGAUAGUGAUUCAGAGACAGAAAAUUAUUUAAAAGAAAUAGAACCUAAGAUUAAACAAGAAAGUUUUCCAGUGCAAGAAACUUUGCAUCUCACAUUUGAAGAAACGUUUUUUCUCUUGUAUGGCUUAGGCUGUUUAAAUUUAAUAGACUUUGAUGGUAAUUUAUUAGAUGUUGAUAGUGCUUGGCAUUUUUUUUGUAAAGCAGACAAAAAUUUUGUGCCAAAAUAUGUUGUAUAUCAUUAUUUUCGAAGUAAAGGGUGGGUAGUGAAACCAGGACUCAAAUAUGGUGGAGACUUUUUGUUGUAUAAACAAGGACCACCAUUUUACCAUGCAUCCUACAUUGUGUUAGUGGAUGUUAUAGAUGGUGAUACAUUACUUAGAAAUGAAAAUAAGAUUAUGCAUAAAUUAACGUGGAGUAAUCUAUUAGGAUUAGAAAGAUUAUCAGAGACUGCUGCCAAGGAAAUACUAUUUGCACAAGUUUUAUGGCCAUCUUCAGCUAUAGAAACAUCUAACUCAUUUAAUGUGGAUAUAUUGUCAGAAUUUUCUGUAAGAGAAGUACUAUGGAGGAGAUUGAAUCCCAAACAUAAUAGAGAUGCAGAAGAAGAAGAUGAUGAUUCAUAUUAAUUUUGUGCUAAGUAAUUUAUUACAUUUACAAAUAAGUAUCUGUACAUU